AUGGUAGUACAGUCGGUAGGGCAAUAUUUUGCAUCAGGUGAAGAUUCCAACGCCUACAACAACCACGCCCACAACAACGACAACCACGCCCACAACGACGACAACCACGCCAACAACGACGACAACCACGCCAACAACGACGACAACCACUCCAACAACAACGACAACCACGCCCACGACGACGACAACCACUCCAACAACGACGACAACCACGCCCACAACGACGACAACCACUCCAACAACGACGACAACAACGCCAACAACGACGACAACCACUCCAACAACAACGACAACCACGCCCACAACGACGACAACCACGCCAUCAACAACGACAACAACACCAACAACUACGACAACCACGCCAACAACAACGACAACCACUCCAACAACGACGACAACCACUCCAGCAACGACGACAACCACUCCAACAACGACGACAACCACGCCCACAACGACGACAACCACGCCAACAACGACGACAACCACGCCCACAACGACGACAACCACGCCCACAACAACGACAACCACUCCAACAACAACGACAACCACGCCCACAACGACAACUACUUCUCCUUUCGUCCCUGUGUAUGCUUCCUGUACCAGCCAUGCUCAUUGUCCACCAAACUCUAUGUGCCGUCCGAAUGCUUGUAA